AUGGGGGCUGAGGUCGACAUAGUCUUUUGUGAGCAAGUAUUGAACAACAUCUACGCGGCCCCAGAAUGCUGCCUCACCAACGGAUUGGCAAGCGCUGCCAUUUUCGAUUUCUCCAUGAAAGCCUUAAAAUAUUACAAGGACAGAACCAGUUGGCUGGAGGACCAGCUACAGGAGCAAUUUGGCAUUUCUUGUGCGGAAAUCGCAACUAGAACCCCACUACGUCCCAGCUCAGAUUUGAACCUUACUGUUGAUACGAAUCGCCCUGUGGUAGAACUCCCUCGUCCACAAGCUCCGUCUCUGCCACUUGACUAUGAAGAACAACAGAAUUCUUCGACAGAAGCUGCACCAGACGCUGGUAUAGUGACUCUCAAUGCUACUGGCGACAAUAGAUAUCUUGGUCCCUCAAGUGGCAUAUUCUUCGCCCUGUACGCAAACACGUAUGCUCAGGUGCCUGGUUUCGGCGACACAACGCCGAGGAAUGACAAUACCAGUAAAGAAGGGCGGAAUAAUGACGAUCAGGAACUGAGUGAUGGAAAUCCCAUAGACCUAGAUGGCGCAAAAUCACUUGCGCAAGCGUUCUGUUCAUGGAUCGAGCCACUGUAUCCAAUCCUCGGCUCGGAUCAUAUCCACUCCAUGGUGACAAGAUGCGUCGCUUUAGAAGGAGCUGGCUCAUCCUUUUCCGAGCAGGCACCCAAUGACAUACACGACUUGUCUAUCUUUUACUUGGUGAUGGCGCUUGGGGCAGUUCAUCAAGACGGUACAGCGAAAUGCUCACGAAAUGUGCGAGCCGUACCAUUGGAAGGUGUAACAUCCGAGUCCUUGUACCACCGAGCUUUGAGAUAUAUCAAUGCUGGAGCUCGAUCCCUUGUGCCGGGCGUCCCAUUCAUCCAUAUUCUGCUGCUGCUAUCUUUGUAUAGCAUGCACGGGCGAGUUGCAUCUAGCCAAUGGCAGCUAGUAGGGAGUGCAAUGCGGAUGGCCAUCGAGCUAGGCCUGCAUAGCUCAUCAAACUACUCGACCGUGAAGUAUGGGACACAAGCGGAAGAGAGGAAGCGCGCCUUCUGGACCGCCUACAUCCUCGAAAUCACUCUAGCUUACAAUCUAGGGCGUCCGCCUUCGAUCGGCGAAGAACACAUCACUACCGCGUUACCGUAUCAAUCGAAUGCAAUCAUGACCAGCGCACUUCACACGAAACAUAGACGGAUCCAGAACUGUAUAAUUUCCCGAGUGUAUGGGGCAAAGCACAGAACUACAUUUACAGAAGCCCAAAGAGAUAUUGCGCACCUGCAACAAGAAUUGGAUGACUGGAAGGCUGAAUUGUCCAAUCUCAGCGAAGACACCCUUGCACCUUAUUCUCAUCACUUCUGGCUUCGACUCUAUCACGGUACCACCUUCGUCCUACAUAGAGCCAGCCCGCUUUGUCCCAGUCCUACAAUUGAUUCGACAAAGAGAUGCCUUCAAUCAGCCGGUGCUUAUGUAACCGACAUCUCGAAGGUAUUACAAGAAAGCGAUGUUCCAUUAUCAUGGAUGCUCAUACAAGGGGUGCUGUUUGCUGGGCUGACGAUGCUAGUCACCACCCGUUUGAACUUCAGACAAUUUGACAGUCAGGAAAGCUUCACACUUGUUCUUGUGGAUCUGCCUGCUUGGACAAGGAAAUGUUCUAUAUGUCUUGCGAUCAUGAACGAACGCUGGGACGAUGAUCUCCUGUUCAGAUUGAUAUCGCAAUUCGAGGACCUUGUCAACGAUACCCUCCUUCACGUGUCAUCCGCUUUGACGAGGUCUCAAUCAACAAUCGAGCAAUUGCAGCCUGCUCACGCAGGACUGAAUCCUCCAUCGACUGCAUGGCCUGGGGAUUAUUACCAAAGCCAAGAAUAUCGUGCUGGAGAAACUGAAAGUUACAUGGAAUUGAUGAGAGAUGUUAUGGGGUUUGAUCCAGAUCAGAGCUUCUGGGAUACAUCUUCGUUGUUUUGAAGUCAAGCGAUUAAUACGGACAAGAG